AUGGACAAGAUAAAGAAGGAGAGCGGGGCCCUCUCGUCGGAGCUGAAUGCCUACAGGCAGCAGGCGGAGGCCAAGCUGACGUCACUGGCGGCGGCGCGGGGCCUGGACGCGGCGGCGCGGCGGGAGCUGCAGGAGCUGCAGCUGGUGAUGCAGGCGGCGCUCGCGCAGGUUGACGUCCUUGCGCGCCAGGCGGCCCUGGCUGACCUGCUGCAGCACCGGCUGACUCAGCAGGAGGAGGUGCUGGCGGCGCUGCAGGUGGUGGGGAGGGCGCUUUGCCUGUUGUUUGUAUGUCUGUAA